ACCGCUACCUACCACCACGUUGCUCGGAAUCUGUCCGUCGCCGCAAUAUUGCGCCGUGGUUUUCAUAAUUUCGUGUGUAGUGCGGACCCGAGACGACUGCCGACCGCAUUACUCUUGCUGCUGCUUCUUCUUCGUGUGUUCGUAACUCCGUGUUCGGUUUUUUUCUUCGCUUACUAUCUCAUAUAAUAGGUAUCUUCCUAACUCGAGUCACCGGGCAGUGGUUUUUUUUUAAAAAAAAUUUAAUUAUUUAAUUUAUUAUUUCUAUUCGUUUCGUCCAGAAACGAAACCUCCGUCGUGCGAGGAUUUUUCGCGACACGCAUUUCAUGCGUCUUAUGCCUAUCGUGGUGGUGUUUCCCCCCCAAAAAUAACACAAUUAAUUUAGAAGUAUUUAUAUCGUCACAUAUUUUAAUUUGUAUUUGACGCGGUUUCAAUAUUAUUAUGGCACGAGGAGACAACGUUGACAAGGUUUUACACUCGUAUCAAAGUGGAUAUCAUACGAUAUGUUCAAGGUGAGGACUGUAUCGCUGGGGAGAAUUUUAACGUUUUCGACAGCCGUCUUAUACCUCGGUUAUCUUUGGUACAAGCGCAAGAGAACUUUGUCACAUCGCCAGAGUGACAAGAAGAGACCUCGUUCUGAACUUUCAGAACUAACUAAAAUUGAUGAUCAAGAAUUGUUUCAGGCUUUAGAAAAAGCUUCUCGUACAUUAGAAGUAUCACAAGUUGUGGAAGAAGAACAGAUUGAGAGUUCUGUUAUUCAUAAAGAUAUCAUGGAACCUACUGUUGGUCAGAUAGAAGUAAAUAAAAAAGAAUCAUUUACAGAUAACCAAGAAGUACAUGAAAUGGUUGCUAAAGUUAUUACAAUGGGUAGUGAACAGCAAGUAUGUUUAGAAUCUGAAAUCAUCUCAAUAGAUUCUUUAACUGAAGAUUUAUCUAAUUUGAAAUUAAGUAAAGAAAUUGAAAAUGAAAAAGAAAAUGAAAUAGUUAUUAAUACUGAUGAUUCUAAAAAUAUUCAUCAAAUAGAAAAUAACGAGAAAGUAGAAAUAGAAGAAUACUCUAAAGAUAAAGCUUGUUGGACAACAAUGGCAGAAAAAGAAGAUCACUGUGAAUGUCCUAAAGCCAUUCCUGUUAAAAAAGUUAAAAAAGAUGAAGAACCUAUGAUAUUUGAAGGAAUUAAAUUUAAAGGAAAAAAGAGAAAAGGUAGAAAAAAGAAUCAACCUAAAGAUAUUAUCAAGCUUCCCUCCGAAUCAAACAAUAAAAAUAAAACUAAUAGCAUUGUAAAAUCUGUAAAAAAAAACCAAAUUGUAGAAGAAGAUUGUGAUUCAGCGCAUAGUAUAGACCACAGUAUUGACACUAAUGAUGCACCAAAUACAAUUUAUUCAGAUAUUAGAAGUGUUGGUUCUCAAGACAGUGGAAAAGGUGGUAGUUCUUUCUCUGGAGAACUCCGUACAGUAUCAGAUUCUGAUGAGCAAACUAAUUAUGACUUUUUAGUUCCAAUUGAACUAGUGGGACCAAUUAUUGGUAAAAAAGGAGCAUUUGUUAAAUAUAUCAAAGAAAAAAGUAAUGUAAGGCUUUUUGUCGAAAACAAGACUGAAAGUCCAGAAGAUAAAUAUAAAAUGUGCACAUUAGUUGGAUCUGAAAUAAAUAUUAACAAAGCACUCAAGUUAAUUAGAACAAAGUUUCCUGAAAGAGCUUAUCCAGAGUUUACUUUAGAAUGCAUUUCUUCAAUGUUAGAUGGUUCACCCGUUAUUUCUCAACUUUUUAAGUCGGAAUUAAUUGAAGGUGUUAAUAACCAUGUUAUUGUCACCGACCUAGUAGCUACCGAUCAUUUUUUUGUACAUAAUGCAUCCAGUCCAGAUUAUGCAAUGCUUUCUGCUUUGAACUUGGCCAUGAACGAUACAUUUGGAAACAGCAAAGAAGAUAUUCCAGAAGUUGAUUUACGCACUGUUACUCAUGGUUCUGUAGUGGCCACUUUUAGUGAAGAUAAUUGGUACCGUGCACAAGUGAUUGAUGUAGAUGAAAAGAAAUAUGAAUCUGCAAAUGUAUUUUUUUUGGAUUAUGGCGGUUGCAAAAAAAUUGAACAAUGUGAUAUGAGGCCAAUGCAUGACUCAUUAAUAGCAUUAAGCUUCCAAGCUAUUGAAUGUAGUUUAGCGAAUAUUGCUCCAAUUUAUGGUGAGUGGUGUGACGAAUCCCUAAAAAUGUUUGAAUCACUGACUACUGGCAAAAUGUUAUUUGCUCAAGUAGUUUACAAGUCUGAUAGUGUACAAUAUGUUAAUUUAUUAGCUUAUGAUGGCUUUGUGACCAUUUCUAUCAACGAUGAACUGAUUAAGUAUGGAUUUGCCGUCUAUGCUCCUCCAAGUGGUAUUUUUCGAAAUGAUAUAACAUCCGAACUUAACGAACCAACAUACGCACCUGCAUAGGUUACUUUCUCAUUUGUUUUUAAAGUUGCUUUUGUAUUUUCCUGACUGUUAUUGCGUUUAUUUUAUUACUAUUUUUUUCCAUUCAUGACUUAAUAAUUUUUAUUCAAUAUCAAAUCUUUCAUUGAAAACCUGCUUUGAGGUAUAUUAUAAUUUUUUUUUUUUAAGUAUUGCACUCAUUUUUCUACACAAAUUGGUAUUUUUUUUUUUAUUAUUAUUUAUGAAAAAAAUUAAAACUAAAACAUUUGAUUUAUUAUUUAUUAUGAAACAAAUUUUCUUUAGACUAUAGUAAUAAUUAAUUUAAUUAACAAUUAAUUCAUUCUUUAGUACAAAUACCAAACUUUUAAAACUAAUAUUUGCAAAUUUUUUUGAUAUAGUUGAAAUUACAAUAUAUUUUUAUUAAAAUACCAUUUGUUAUAAUAUUAAGUACUUCAAUUUAUUUGUGUAUAAAAUUUAAAAAAAAAAUAUGUAAUUGUGUCACAGAAAUAGUUGGACAUUUUUUUCUGUCAAACAAAAUGUAUAUAUUGUUUGCAUUUGAGUAAAUUUUUUUUAGGUAUAGACCAAAUAAAUGAUGUUAAAUUAUAUUUUUUUUCUCAUCUUCGUCGACUGUAUUACAAUAGAAAUAAGGUUUUUUUUGAAAAUGGUUUUACUUUUUUCAUUGAAUACAUAUGUUAUAUAUUUUAGAUAAAAUUAUUUUAAUUAACGUUAUCUUUCCACGGGAUAAAAUAAAUCACAUCAAUUUUAUUAGAAGUAUUAUCAAUUAAUUAGAAUAUAAGAAACUUAUUAAAUGUUUCAAUUUAAAAGUGAGAAUUUAUUAAAAAAAUAUGAUAAAUUUGUAAAUUUUAACUAGAUGUACCUACUAAAAGUUCAUAUCUUUUAUUCUAUGAAUGAAAUUUCAAAGUAUAUUAUUUAUAAUAAAAUUAAUUCAUUAUUGAUACGAAUAAGUUAAGAUAAUUAUAAGGGAAGCAAUUUUUGUUAUCAAGUGUUUUCAUUUAUAAAAAUUAACAAGUCAAGUUAUAUAUUUUGUUUUGUUUUUAUAAUUUUUUCCCUCUUCAAAUUUCAAAUCAAUGGUCAUAUAUUAUCAAUGUGAUGCUUAAUCACAGAAUAGAUUAAAGUUAAUCUAUUCUGUGGCUUAAUAGCCAAACGUUUCAAAAUCAUAAUAUAGCUUAUUAUGUAUUGGUAAUUCCUUAUUACAAACUAUCUAUUUGCAUAUUUUGACUUAACUCAAAAAUCUUGUAUAUAUUAUACGAUAUUAUUAAUAACAAGUUAUGUGCAGACCUCAUGCAGCUUCGUAAUGUAUUAAUAAUUUCAAUUUUAAGUUUUCUGUUGAUUUAUUAUAUUUUUAAAAUAUGUUUUUUUUAAAUUUAUGAUAUUUAGGAAAUUAAUUACUCAUAUAUUUUUUAGCAGAUAUAAAUGCAUAUUUUUAUAUUACAUAUAAAACCUAAACUUUAAAUUAAAUGUGAUUGUAAUAUUGUUUUAUAAUAUCCCUUCUAAUCACCCUGGGUUUGUGAAACACAAAUGUAAAAUUUAUAAUCUAUUACAUGUAAGCGUGUUACUUAUAAUUGUAACUUUAUUUUUUCAAGAAUUGUUUUCCUUACAAUCUAUUAGCUAAUUGAUUGUUUUUAUAUACUGUUUAUCUGCAAAAUAUAUUUUGUACUUUAAUAAUUUAUGUUGUGCAGGGUUUGGAAUAUUAAUUUAAAAGAUUAAUGCGCUGCAUUCACAUUCGCUAAAAAAUGAAUUUAUUCCAAAAUGUACAAGUAUAUGGUUCAUAAUGUAUAGUACUUAGUAGGUAGGUGUCAAGUGUACAAAAACUUACUAUUACAGAGGUAGCGAUAAUGAAUUUCCCCUCUUCCUGUUGUAUAUUUAUUACAAUUAAAUUAUCUUUGUACUGUAA